CAUACCCGAGUUUUUUCGCGGGGCUUUCUUUCAACUUCAGCUGCUUCGUGUUUCUCUGUGUGAUUCUGUGUUCAACAGAGAACGAGGAAGAUGAGCGGUGCUCAGGGAUCGCACUCACUGGCCUUCAGGGUUAUGCGACUCUGUAGGCCUUCAUUUCAAGUCGACCCUCCUCUCCUCCUCGAUCCGGCCGAUUUAUUCGCCGGCGAGGACAUUUUAGACGAUCCGGUGGCCGCUUCCCAACUCCCUCGUCUCCUUCAAGCCCAAUUUUCCAAAAAUUCCCACUCUGAUCUCAGCUACACUUCCAGAUUUCUUCUUCACGACAGCUCUGAUGCUACGGGCCUCACUGGCCUCCUCGUACUCCCUCAAGCUUUCGGGGCGAUUUAUUUGGGCGAGACUUUCUGUAGCUAUAUUAGUGUGAAUAAUAGCUCCAAUUUUGAAGUUAGGGAUGUUAUAAUCAAGGCAGAAAUUCAAACGGAAAGGCAGAGAAUUCUUCUUUUGGAUUCAUCAAAAUCCCCUGUUGAAACUAUACGUGCUGGGGGUCGUUACGAUUUCAUUGUCGAACACGAUGUGAAGGAACUUGGAGCGCACACGCUUGUUUGCACUGCAUUGUACAAUGAUGGUGAUGGUGAGCGUAAAUAUCUUCCACAGUUUUUCAAGUUCAUGGUUGCAAAUCCACUUUCGGUUAGAACAAAGGUCCGUGUUGUGAAGGAUAGUACAUUCUUAGAAGCUUGCAUUGAAAAUCAUACAAAAUCAAAUCUAUUUAUGGACCAAGUUGAUUUUGAGCCUUCACCGAACUGGAAUGCAGAGAUAAUAAAUGCUGACAAACGUUACUCUGAACAUAAAUCUACAACAAGAGAGAUAUUCAAGCCUCCCGUGUUGGUCAGAUCGGGUGGAGGAAUCCAUAAGUUUCUUUAUCAACUGAAAUUGUCGACACUUGGUCCUUCUCCGCUGAAAGUUGAGGGAAGUAAUAUUCUCGGUAAAUUUCAGAUAACAUGGCGUACAAAUAUGGGAGAACCUGGACGGCUACAAACACAACAGAUUUUGGGUUCUCCCAUUGCUCGCAAGGAGCUUGAAUUGCAUGUUGUUGAGAUGCCAGAUGUUAUCAGAUUGGAGAGGCCUUUUACGUUACAUAUGCGUCUCACAACACAGACUGAGAGGGAAUUGGGCCCUUUUGAGGUUUGGAUGUCGCAAAAUGGUUCAGAUGAUGAAAAAGUUGUUAUGGUUAAUGGUCUACAGAAAAUGGUCAUACCAAGAGUUGAGCCAUAUGGUUCCACAGAUUUCCACCUGAACCUCAUUGCCACUAAACCUGGAGUUCAGAGAAUCGCCGGCAUUAAAGUCCUUGACACAACGGAGAAGAAAGCUUAUGAUCACCCUUUGGCAGAUCUAGAGAUUUAUGUCGAUUUGGAAUGAACAACUUUGCUCGGGUUAGCUGAUUUGCUAUCUUUAAGAAGACAGUUCACUUCCUGCAUUAUUUACUUAAAACACUGAGAAGUAAACAUCCCAUGGUCUGCAUCAUUCCUGAAACUCAACAGCCCCAUGGAACGAACAAUCAAACCCGAGUGUUGUCGCCACCGCAUGCUCGGUAGAGACACUUAUGUUAUUCUGUUAUGAUUCUUUGGUAGAUUAUUGUAGAAAGAAUUCUUCCUUCAGGUCAGAAAGAAGCAAAUGGUUAUGUCUUAACAUGGAGCUCUCCUUGGUUUUGUUUCCUUGCAAUGAAGAAAUGGAUAAAUGCUUCAUUUAGCCGUA